CUCAAUCCUCAUCUCCCAUACACACUAUAAGAAGCUUCUGCUUCGAGACCUGAACGAUGAGUUAGGACACUCCGAAGAGACAACAAAGAAUACUAGAGAGAGAAACAAGAGAGAGAAGGGGAGAGAGAGAUAUGGAGGUUAUGCAGGAAAAGAGCAUAAGUGAGUCUAGUGGAGAGAGGAUGAAGGAGGAUGAAGAGGGAGGCGGGACGGCUCUUCCCGGGUUCCGGUUUCACCCAACGGACGAAGAGCUCGUCGCGUUUUACCUCAAGAGGAAAGUGGAGAAGAAGCCUCUUAGUAUCGAGCUCAUCAAGCAUGUCGAUAUCUACAAGUACGAUCCUUGGGAUCUUCCAAAAGUAAGCACCGUUGGAGAGAAAGAAUGGUACUUCUUCUGCAUGAGAGGGAGAAAAUACAGGAACAGCAUAAGGCCCAACCGAGUCACGGGGUCUGGGUUUUGGAAAGCAACCGGCAUCGACAAGCAGAUACACGCGGCGAAAGAGCCCCACGACUGCAUCGGCCUCAAGAAGUCCUUGGUCUACUACCGGGGAAGCGCCGGGAAAGGCACGAAGACUGACUGGAUGAUGCACGAGUUUCGGCUCCCGCCGCCAGGGAAAACCACCCAUGAUAGUCUCUCCUCUGCCAAGAGCAUUGCUCAAGAAGCGGAGGUCUGGACACUAUGCAGGAUUUUCAAGAGAAUCCCAUCUCACAGAAAGUACACGCCGAACUUGAAAGAUCACGACACCACCCUCAAGCAGAACCCGACUGACUCAAGCUCUAAAACAAGCAGCUUCGAAUCCGAAUCCGCCGAGCAGUACGUGAGCUUCGGGGAUUCGGCCAUCGUCGCUGCCCACGAUGAGACAAAGCCAGUUAUCACGGACCGGUUUGACGACCGCAACUACCUUCUAUUUGCUCAAUUGAACUCGAUGUCUCAAGCGCCGUACACAGCGCCUGCCUACUCCGGACUCUGGAAUCUGAAUGGGGAGGAUAUUGUCAUGCACGGAAACUGCUGGGACGAGCUAAGGUCAGUAGUCGAGCGAGCCGCCAUCAAUCCUUGCCAAGCUUUUGACUGGAGAUGAAUGCCGAAACCAACGUUUCUUUAUCGAUCGAGCUCACACACCCUUCUCUCGGAUAAGGGGCAUCUUAUAUAUAUUGUCCGGGUCUGUUAAAUAAACACCGUUUGUUUUCCAUGACAGUAAAGCCUUCCGUUACGCGGCCUGGACAUGGUUUCUGCCGAGUCAUGUUAUGUCGGGAUAAGUAGGCAAACACCGUGUAAAGGUCCUAACUUCCUCGCAACAUCCCUGAUAUGGAUUGCUUGAUGUGUAUGUAGAUAGGAAGGAAUGAAGUUGUACUGAUCAAAGUUUCUAGAUUACAGCAGCAUUAUUCGAUUGAUGGCUC